AUGUCCAGAAGAUACGACUCGAGAACCACCAUCUUCUCGCCCGAGGGCAGGCUGUACCAGGUGGAGUAUGCGCUGGAGGCAAUUAACCACGCAGGAACGGCCAUCGGCGUGAUGGCCAAGGACGGCGUGGUUCUUGCGGCCGAGAGAAAGGUGACAAGCAAGCUGCUCGAGCAGGACACCAGCGCAGAGAAGAUGUACGUGCUGAACGACAAGACGGUGUGUGCGGUGGCCGGAAUGACCGCAGAUGCCGGAAUUUUGAUCAACAGCAUCAGAUACUCGGCACAACAGUACCUCAAGACGUACGGCGAAGACAUCCCCAUCGAGACGCUUGUGAAGCGGAUCUGCGACGUGAAACAGGGCUACACGCAGCACGGAGGCCUGCGGCCGUUCGGCGUGUCGUUUAUUUUCGCAGGCCACGACGAGAGGUACGGGUUCCAGCUGUACACGAGCAAUCCGUCUGGAAACUACUCUGGGUGGAAGGCCACGAGCAUCGGAGCCAAUAACACGAGCGCGCAGACGCUGCUGAAACAGGACUACAAAGACGGCAUGACACUCGAAGAGGCGCAGAAUCUCGCAUUGAAGGUUCUGAGCAAGACCACCGACAGCAACAAGCUGACCAGCGAGAAGGUGGAGUUCUCGACCAUUGGCCUGGACGCCGACGGCAAGCUGCAGCUCAGAAUCUGGACUCCCGAGCAGAUCGAGAAGCUGCUCAAGGAGAGCGGCGUGAUGACCAGAGACGAGGAGGGGGAGGAAAGCUGA